AUGGGGUUUCGUGAAGAAAUUUUCCAGGCUAAAGUGAGCAACGCAAAUGGUUCAGAGAAUACAAAUGGUUCGACAAUACCGCCGGCCUCUACAGAAGUCGCCGCUGGACCUUCGACAUAUUUGCAUGACGAUCGCUCCUUAAAUGGGUCGUUUGAUGACACGUCCAACAGCGGUGGUGAAUUUCGUCCAAAUUUGUAUCGACUGAUCGAACUGCGUUCGGAUACAAGCACAGCUGGAACAGUGGAUAAAGCUAUUAUCCACCCGAUAGAUUUGGGAAAAUUGUGCAAUGCAUUGGCCCCCGAAAGUUAUCAAUCUGUCAAAGAUAUACGCUUCGAGAAAUUAGGGACGGAACCUCUCGAUCUUGUUGGCUGCUAUGGGAACCGUGAACUCAUUUUAAAGCUAUUGUUACAGAGCAACUGUAUCAAUCAGGACAAAUAUGAUGAACUUGUCCAGUCUGAACGAGAUCCCGAUUCAGUUCGUACGAGUACUUUAUUAACAACUGGCCUCUAUCUACUUUUGAUCAAGCCGCACUUGGGCUUU